AUGAGAGAAUGUAAAGAACAGGUCAAAGUACCUUCAGGGCAGAACAGACCCCUGCGCAUCAGGCACCAACCCACCCCCUACCAUACUGAGUCCUACAACAGCACCAACCCACCCCCUACCAUACUGAGCUCCUACAACAGCACCAACCCGCCCCCUACCAUACUGAGCUCCUACAACAGCACCAACCCACCCCCUACCAUACUGAGCUCCUACAACAGCACCAACCCACCCCCUACCAUACUGAGCUCCUACAACAGCACCAACCCACCCCCUACCAUACUGAGCUCCUACAACAGCACCAACCCACGCCCUACCAUACUGAGCUCCUACAACAGCACCAACCCACCCCCUACCAUACUGAGCUCCUACAACAGCACCAACCCACCCCCUACCAUACUGAGCUCCUACAACAGCACCAACCCACCCCCUUUCAUACUGAGCUCCUACAACAGCACCAACCCACCCCCUACCAUACUGAGUUCCUACAACAGCACCAACCCACCCCCUACCAUACUGAGCUCCUACAACAGCACCAACCCGCCCCCUACCAUACUGAGCUCCUACAACAGCACCAACCCACCCCCUACCAUACUGAGCUCCUACAACAGCACCAACCCACCCCCUACCAUACUGAGCUCCUACAACAGCACCAACCCGCCCCCUACCAUACUGAGCUCCUACAACAGCACCAACCCGCCCCCUACCAUACUGAGCUCCUACAACAGCACCAACCCACGCCCUACCAUACUGAGCUCCUACAACAGCACCAACCCACCCCCUACCAUACUGAGCUCCUACAACAGCACCAACCCACCCCCUACCAUACUGAGCUCCUACAACAGCACCAACCCACGCCCUACCAUACUGAGCUCCUACAACAGCACCAACCCACCCCCUACCAUACUGAGCUCCUACAACAGCACCAACCCACCCCCUACCAUACUGAGCUCCUACAACAGCACCAACCCGCCCCCUACCAUACUGAGCUCCUACAACAGCACCAACCCGCCCCCUACCAUACUGAGCUCCUACAACAGCACCAACCCACCCCCUACCAUACUGAGCUCCUACAACAGCACCAACCCACCCCCUACCAUACUGAGCUCCUACAACAGCACCAACCCACCCCCUACCAUACUGAGCUCCUACAACAGCACCAACCCACCCCCUACCAUACUGAGCUCCUACAACAGCACCAAUCCACCCCCUACCAUACUGAGCUCCUACAACAGCACCAACCCACCCCCUACCAUACUGAGCUCCUACAACAGCACCAACCCGCCCCCUACCAUACUGAGAUCCUACAACAGCACCAACCCGCCCCCUACCAUACUGAGCUCCUACAACAGCACCAACCCACCCCCUACCAUACUGAGUUCCUACAACAGCACCAACCCACCCCCUACCAUACUGAGCUCCUACAACAGCACCAACCCACGCCCUACCAUACUGAGCUCCUACAACAGCACCAACCCACCCCCUACCAUACUGAGCUCCUACAACAGCACCAACCCACGCCCUACCAUACUGAGCUCCUACAACAGCACCAACCCACGCCCUACCAUACUGAGCUCCUACAACAGCACCAACCCACCCCCUACCAUACUGAGCUCCUACAACAGCACCAACCCGCCCCCUACCAUACUGAGCUCCUACAACAGCACCAACCCACGCCCUACCAUACUGAGCUCCUACAACAGCACCAACCCGCCCCCUAUCAUACUGAGCUCCUACAACAGCACCAACCCACCCCCUACCAUACUGAGCUCCUACAACAGCACCAACCCACGCCCUACCAUACUGAGCUCCUACAACAGCACCAACCCACCCCCUACCAUACUGAGCUCCUACAACAGCACCAACCCACCCCCUACCAUACUGAGCUCCUACAACAGCACCAACCCACCCCCUACCAUACUGAGCUCCUACAACAGCACCAACCCACCCCCUACCAUACUGAGCUCCUACAACAGCACCAACCCGCCCCCUACCAUACUGAGCUCCUACAACAGCACCAACCCACCCCCUACCAUACUGAGUUCCUACAACAGCACCAACCCACCCCCUACCAUACUGAGCUCCUACAACAGCACCAACCCACGCCCUACCAUACUGAGCUCCUACAACAGCACCAACCCGCCCCCUACCAUACUGAGCUCCUACAACAGCACCAACCCACCCCCUACCAUACUGAGCUCCUACAACAGCACCAACCCACCCCCUACCAUACUGAGCUCCUACAACAGCACCAACCCGCCCCCUACCAUACUGAGCUCCUACAACAGCACCAACCCACCCGCCGCCUUCUGA